AUUCAAAAGACGCGCUAUUAACUUUAAAUAUCAUUUAUGUCGAAAUAGAUCUCAAUAAUGUUGAAACAGUCGAAUUUCAAAUCAAAACGAUGAUGAUGCUGUUGCAUGCAUGCAUCUAUUUCGAUUCAUUUUCUACUUACGCUGUUGAAUCAGUCGAAUUUCAAAUCAAAAUGCUGAUGAUGCUGUCGCAUGCAUACGCAUAUUUAGACAGUAAUCGGCUCAAUGUUUUUAAAUAGCUUUUUUCUCUUUAACUGUCACUGUGCAUUUUCAAAUCAUAUGUAGUGCCGUGAAGCUUACAUUUUUUCUCUCUGUGUAGGGUAAUUGUACAGCGUUAUAUCGAAUCAGCGCUAAACGGGGCAGCUAUAAGCGGGGUAUUACUGUAUAUGUUUUUAUCAUGUAAUUUUCAAAUGACGAUAUGUCACAAUAUCGGAAAAUGAGACUUUGUUCAAUGUUUAUACACACUGGGAUUUUCAUUGAUCAUAGUUUAGAAAAUAUUGCUGAGGUUGCUUUUUGCAAAUAAUUUUUUUCGACUGAAAUCAAUCAUUUCACACAUCGUGUGAUUUUCUGUAAUCUCCUGUUUUAUCAUCAUCUACUUUUUGUCUAUGUCAGCAAAUAACAAUUUUUCAAGUAUCGUUUUCGAAAUUCCUACCUUGAAACCUUGCACAUCCGUACAACCAGAAAAAAAUGGACACCAAAGAUUUACGUAUCAUAUUCAUUGGUGCCGGUAAUAUUGCACAAUCAAUGGCAAAAGGAUUAUUAAAUUGUUCAUAUGUAAAAUGCGAACAAAUUCUUGCAUAUGCACCAAGUGAUCGUAAUUUGAAAACAUUUCAGAAUUUUGGCUGCCAUACAACACAGAAUUUGCAUCAAAUAUUUUUUGAUUCGCAAUCAUCAGAUGUUCACUAUUUGUUGUUUAUUUGUGUAAAACCAAAUAUUGGAAAAGAUUUUGGAUUCUGGUCAUCGUUGAAGGAUAAAGUUCAACCAAAUCAAUGGGAUAAAAUUUUUAUCGUUUCUGUUAUGGCUGGUGUAUCAUUGCAAACGAUUGAAAAUUAUCUUUCACCAUCGUUGAAACAUAAUUUAGCAAGAAUCAUGCCUAAUACAGCAAUGGCAAUCAAUGCCGGCACAAUUGGUCUUUAUUGGAAACCAUGGAAUCUUACGCAAAAAUUAUGGUCCGAAAAGUUGCCUGAAUUAUUGAAUAAAUUAGGCAAAUGUCAGCAGGUGGAUAAUGAAGAACAAAUACAUUCAAUUAUUGGUGUUGCUGGCAGUGGCAUUGCAUUUAUCUAUACCGUAAUACAAGCAAUGUGUGAUGGCGGUGUUUCCGUUGGUUUAUCUCGACAAAUGUCUCGUGAAUUAGUUACACAAACUGUUAUGGGUGCAGCAAAAAUGGUCACUGAAACUGGCAUGAAUCCAAUUGAAUUACGUGAUCAUGUUUGUUCACCAGCCGGUACUACGAUUGCUGGUGUUGAAAUGUUGGAACAAGGUGGCAUCAAUGCAACAAUUAUCAAUGCUGUUAAAAAAUCAACAGAACGAAGCCGAGAAUUGUCUAAAUAAUAAUAAUAAUAAUAAUAAUGAUGAUAAUCAAUUGAUUAAAAAAACAUUUGUUUGUAUACAAACCAA